AUGCCACCGGAAAUGCUCUUGAACGCCGCUCUCAACACCAAGGUUCGGCGCACGGAUUAUGUUCGUAGUCUGUAUUUCUUCGUCAUAUGCCACUUCUACGGCGGCGAGCCGUCCGUACGGUGGCUCGUCGAAGGAGUAAAGGAUCCGCGUAGAUCCGGUCCAGUUGAAGUAGGUCUGCCAAGGGAGACUAGGUCAGCUGGUGAUGCGGCAGGAAAUGAAUCAAGUGAGGGCAUCGAAGGAGCUGGGGGGAGUAAAUGCACUGUUGGGGCGGAUGAGUGGUCCCACAGAAAGGCGAGGGGCGGGGGUGUUGAGUCACCUGGCACAGAGAGCCUGGGAGUGUGCCAGCAGCGGACCACCGCGGAUGGGCAUGUAUGUAGGCAGAUGCAUCUCGAGUCGCUCGUUCUGACCAAGUCGCCGGUGAUGGACGUGGGGGAUCUGAGCGAGAGGAGGUUCCCGAGCUUGCAGGACGUGUUUUUGUACACGGACCAGUUCAUCAUAUCGUCCCAACCGUUCUCGCUUCCCAAGGUCCGCGUCUUCGGGUUCUCGUACCGCGAUCCGUCGUUUGACAGGCCGCACAUUUUCGAUGUUGCUGAUCUCCCUUCGUUGAGCACGCUGGUGAUCACGCUGCGCAGCGAGACGCAUCUGCAGCACCUCGCACAAUUCUAUGAGCAGCUGUGCGGUGGGCUUUCGACAUUCGAGGUGCUCCUCAAUCGCACCACUUCUUGGUAUGGGAACCGAACACUUGUAUCGAGCCGACUACCGAAGGCGUCGGCCAUGUUCAAGUAUCACUAG